AUGGUUCGGAUUAAGCCCCAAAAUAAAUUAGCCCAUAUCUCGGAUGAAAAGUCCAAAGGCACCAACGCGGACCGGAAAAAAGACAUGCCGAUUAAGUUCCUAGGAAGGAAGGGCAGGCGGAUGGCUAAAAUAUUGGAGAGGAGGAGACAGGCUAAACGUGAACGCACCGAGCGUAGGAGAAGGAGGAAAAGGGCCAUUAAAGCGGGACUCGAACCAGAACCAAUUCAAACGCCUAAAACCAUAGAAUCAAUGAGGAGGGUUGAAACCUGGUCUGUGGAUACCGAAGGAGUGGCUUGUAUGAUUGAUGAAUUCCAAGAGUACUACAAUGGAAACGUCACACCCAAAAUUUUAAUAACUUCAAAUCGUCGUCCUAGCUAUAAGCUCAGGACUUUCAUUAAGGAAUUGCUUUUAAUAAUUCCCAACUCUAUAUACUUGGCGAGAAGCGAAUUUUUGCUUAAAAAUGUAGUAAAGCAUGCAUUGAAUGAGAGCUUCACGGCCAUCAUCAUGGUUAAUCAGGGUAGAGAUAAACUUCCCCAUUCAUUCCACAUCGCAACAUUGCCAGACGGACCCACAGUAUUCUACAGGUUAACUUCGUUAAAACUGGCUAGCGAGAUGGUGGGAGCGGCAUAUUCUUCGACUCAUUACCCGGAAAUUGUGUUAGAUAAUUUUACUACUGUUUUGGGACAGCGAUUGGGAAGACAAUUGGGGAGUCUCUUCCCACCAAACCCCGAUUUUGAAGGCCGCCGAGUCAUCACAUUUCGUAACCAGCGCGAUUUUAUCUUCUUCCGCCAUCACAGAUAUGUUUUCCGCAGCAUGGAAAAGUGUUCACUUGUAGAGAUUGGGCCUAGAUUUACCCUCAAGAUCAGAUCCGUGCAGGAGGGUGCAUUUGAUUUGGUGCAUGGGCUGUAUGAAUUCCUGUGGAAGCCUGAUUUGCAGGUGGAUCGUAAGAGAUUCUUUCUAUAA